AUGGACAAUUAUCCGUACGAAGAAGGGAAUUCAGGAGAACCAUGCUUUUCUUAUGAAAUUCCUGGAGGCUUAUUGCCCAAAGAUGUCAUUGAAAUCACGGGACAUUUUCUAGGAGAUAAAAUUACAAUUGAAGUACUUUCCGAGAAGCAAGCAGGAAACAAUGAGAGCACAGCUAUGCCAUUACAACUCACCUUGACCGAUAGAGGAAAGUGGUCAGUUAUUGCUUACACGGAGAAGGUGACUCGUCAAAUGAUAACUGGAAAUGCUCCGGCUACCGAUGAGUUCCAAAUUCGGAUUGUUGCUUUUGAAACCGCUUUCGAGGUGAGCUCAAUUAUUUGCAAAUGA